CCGGAGCAGCCCGAAGUCUCCAGGCUAAAUAUUCAGAGUCACAUCCACACGCGCGCGCGAUCGGUCACCACUCCGUCUUCAUUCAGAGAGCCGCAGCAUCGGUGUCCUUGUUUAACGCUGCAGUGCUACAAAACUCAUAACCAUGCCGUCGAUACCUCAGAUCUCAGAUGCCAUCGAUAUCUUAAAUACACAUCUCUCGGGGUGCUACCCUAGCACAACGAAACCCCUCCUUCUCACUUAUAAUCCUUCUGCACGAAUCCCCCAACGAGAGGGAUACAAUGAAGCACUCAAGGCAAGAGCUUCAGAGCUUUCGCAGCUCCUUUCCCUUAGAGGAGCGGUGGAUAAACGAAUCGCCUAUAUUCAUGCUCAAAUGAACGACAUCCGCACCGCUUGUGCGGGAGCCUCCGCCCUUCCCGUGGAGAUUCUUGAGUACAUCUUCACUAUCAUCGCCCCUCCUGGGGUGCCACAUCGAUCCCGAUUCGUGAUGCGUAUCGCCCAAGUUUCAAAACGAUGGAGAACGGUCGCCCUGUGGCAUAAAGCCUUUUGGACCGAAUUCGACUUCGGUUCGCCUACAGCGGGUGAACCCGAGCUCUUGGGAACGUUCAUUAAACGCGCUCGGCCCUCGAAUCUCUUAACGCUUGUUGCUCACAACCCUGCCAGUCUUGAUGUUGCCCUUCGAUAUUCCGUAGUGUCAUCCUUGAAGAAACUCCAUGUUGCGUUCGAUGCUUCGCACCUGUCUAAUGCUAUUCAACAUCUAUCAACGAACCCUCUCUUGACAGGGCUUAUCUCGCUGGGUCUGCACAUCCAGGACGAUGACCGGCUUCUGACAGAUGGUCCCUUCAUGGCCCCCAGCAUUAUUUCCCUCACGACCCCCAGCCUCCGGCACAUCACGUUCACCAAGUGCAGAACUUGGGAUGUGUCAAUAGAACAGUACUGCCGCAUAGAGUCGUUGGCCUUCUCACAAUGUGACUUUUGGCCUCCCUUUAUCGCGUUGUUUGGGUACUUAAGGGACUUGCGACUUGUGAGAGUGGAAACGCCUCGGUCCGGUGGAGACGCAGGAUUCGAAUUAAGAUGCCUCGGCAGCCUCGUGAUACAGUCGUGCUCGGAAGCCUUCAUCGAAUGCUUCUUUCGGAUGAUCACUUUCCCUGCCCUGCGCUCUUGUCGUCUCAUCUCCCCCUCUACCAGCCAUUUUCCGAGCGAGUUAAACUACACUGAGGAUAUUGCACGUGUAAGCGGAAACAGUCACGGUUGUCGUUUAGUUCCUCUAAUGUUACUGAUGUUACUCAAUUCCUCCGUAGGCUCUUAAGAGAAGCACUGAACUAAAUCACUUGCUCCUUGCAGGAACCAGCGCCUACAUCUUAUGUAUGCUUCGGCAUGUGUACAACAUGUCGGAUAUCUGGCCCCCGCUCGGCGUCGAAGGUGAUGCGGAUGAUCAUGAACCGUGUGUGUUUCCUUUGGCAAAACUCACAGUCCUACACUACCGAAACCAUGAGACUGACGAACCGAGGAGUAUUUUCAUGUCCAUACCUAACGCUCUAUCUUGCGCUGUCAGUGCAUGUUUGCCCACGCUUUAUUGUCUGGAGAUUACCAGCGAUAUCUUGGGUUCUAAUGCAUGUUGGUACCAACAAGUUGUUCCCCGGGUCCUGCUCCAUCCUCCUCUGUCAGAGUCAAUCCUUCGUGGCUGGGAGGAGUCUCUUCGACAUCCAGGAGACUGGUGGCCCCAACAGUAUUCUGCUCUCUCUGAACAUCCAUCUCCUGAUUAGGC